ACACUGCUGUGCUGCCAGCUGAUCAGUUGAGAGUGGUUAGCGUUUGUUAUACUUCGUCCAACUUUGAUUGCAGACUUCUGCAGAACAUAAUAAUAUAUUUGGCAUUCAAAUCUCAAGUGAGAAGGACAAAUCAACAAAUAGCCCGUCCAAUUAGGCCAAUCAAUUUUCUAAGCGAAAAUGUCGGCGCUCCUGAAAAUGCACAGAGUUCAUAAGCUCUUCACACCCGCCUUUGUGCGCAGCGUGUCAGAGGCGGCCAAAUACCCAAAGAUUACCACACACUACACUUUGCAUCCACGCGAGAAGGAUCCAAGAUGGAAGGAGGUGGACAUGGAGCGUUGCGUCGAGGAGGUGGACAUUGUCAUUGUGGGCGGUGGACCAGCUGGCAUGUCCGCAGCCAUACGUGCCAAGCAGCUGGCAGCUGAGAAAGAUCAGGAGAUUCGCGUGUGUGUUGUGGAAAAAGCCGCUGAGGUCGGCGGACACAUUCUCUCUGGCGCUGUCAUUGAUCCCAUCUCACUGAAUGAGCUCAUCCCCGACUGGCAAGAGCAGGGCGCUCCCCUGAACACACCCGUAACCAAGGAUACCUUCUCGUAUCUCACCUCCACGGGUCGCAUCUCCAUACCCAUAUUUAAGGGCUGGCCGAUGGACAAUCAUGGUAAUUUUGUGGUGCGCUUGGGUCACUUGGUGAAAUGGUUGGGUGAUCAGGCAGAAGCAUUGGGCGUAGAGAUCUAUCCAGGUUGUGCUGCCUCCGAGGUGCUGUUCCAUGAGGAUGGCAGUGUUAAGGGCAUUGCCACGAAUGAUGUGGGCAUUGCCAAGAGCGGAGCACCUAAGGAAACCUUUGCACGUGGCAUGGAGCUGCAUGCCAAGACCACAAUCUUUGCCGAGGGCUGCCGUGGUCAUCUCUCCAAGCAGAUUAUGCAACAGUUUGGUCUCAACGUGGGCAGUGAACCACAAACCUACGGUAUUGGCCUUAAGGAGGUCUGGGAGAUUCCUGCCGAGAAGCAUCAACCUGGUCUGGUAGAGCAUUCAAUUGGCUGGCCGCUGGAUCGCUUUACAUAUGGUGGCUCUUUCCUGUACCAUCUCAAUGAACCCACUCCGGCAAUAGCUGUGGGCUUUGUGGUUGGUCUUAACUACAAGAACCCAUGGAUUAGUCCCUUCCAGGAGUUCCAGCGCUUCAAGACGCAUCCUAAGGUGCGCGACAUCUUCGAGGGAGCCACACGCAUUGCCUAUGGUGCACGUGCCAUCAACGAGGGCGGCUUCCAGAGCAUGCCAAAGAAGCUCUCUUUCCCAGGUGGUUGCUUGGUGGGUUGCAGUGCUGGUUUCCUCAACGUGCCACGCAUCAAGGGCUCGCAUUAUGCCAUGAAGAGCGGCAUGCUCGCAGCCGAGAGCGCUUUGGAGGCUAUCAAUGCGGAUUCACAGUCAACUGCUGGCAUCGAGCCCACCAGUUAUGCUGACAAAAUCAAAGAUUCGUUUGUAUGGAAAGAUUUGUACAAGGUGCGCAAUGUGCACCCAUCUUUCCACAAUCCCUUGGGUCUCUAUGGCGGUCUUGUGCUCAGCGGUUUCUCCAUUUUCAUGGGUGGUCGCGAACCCUGGACACUGACGCAUGGUCCCCAGGAUCACGAAUCGCUGAAGCCUGCCAAUGUUAGCGAGCGCAUCGUGUACCCCAAGCCAGAUGGCAAAAUCUCCUUUGACUUGCUGUCUUCAGUGGCACUGACGGGCACCAAUCACGAAGGCGAUCAGCCCGCUCACUUGACACUCAAGGAUGAUCGCAUACCCGUGGAUCACAAUCUGGCGAUCUACGAGGGACCCGAGCAGCGUUUCUGCCCCGCUGGCGUCUAUGAGUAUGUGCCCAACGAGGAGGGCGGCAACAUGAAGCUGCAAAUCAAUGCACAAAACUGCAUCCACUGCAAAACCUGUGAUAUCAAGGAUCCCAAGCAGAAUAUCAACUGGGUGGUGCCUGAGGGCGGUGGCGGCCCCGCCUACAAUGGCAUGUAAGCUGCAAUCCUUUAAAGAGCUAGAGAGGAUUCUUAAUUGUACCACGAUUGCAUUUAGACUGUAAAACAACAACAAAUGAGAAAAUCAAAAUUUGCUACGAAAUUAUUUUAAAUGUUUAAGUUCAAAAGUCGAGAAUUUGAAGUUGCAAUAAAACGUAAACUAGAGUUUGUGAAAUUCA